CGCGUUCAACCAGUUAGGAAGUCGGACAUUUCCGAGUGUCCUAGUUCCGACUAGUACAUGAACGCGGCAUAUUACAGUGCGAUAAUAGGAUACUGACGAAUUGGUUGCUAUCUGGCUACAUGAAGAAAGUUAGGAAAGGAAAGUAGUAUAGUUGGCAAAAUAUUCAGGCUUUGCACUCAUGCCAAAAUAGGGAGUUUGGAGCCAAAUCUAAACACUCACACCCGACCAUCGUGAUGUCACAGUUCAAGCGUUCGAACGUCUUGGAAGAUAAGAAUUAACACACACAUUUUUCAUCUCCAGAGAGUGAAAACCGUCCUUUUCGAAAAGAUAAUUUACGGGGAAUUAGAAACGUUCUACUACAUGGAGUUGCAACUGAGGAGAACUGCUCUGUGGCUGUUUCUUCUCCUCACCAUAAGAACUGUUUUUUGUUGCGCUGAGGCUGAACAUUCUCCAAUGGUUGGGAGCUUUUUGCAGAAGCACUUUGUCCUCGGAGUGGUGUAGAGCUGAGAAUGGAGGAAGAAUCAACAUGCUUUCAUCGAACAUUUAUUGUUAUGUGCCUCGUGUGAGCUGUCGAAGAGGAAUGGGCACAAUUUACACUUCAGAGUAAUUGUUUAUUUUUUAUAUAGUUGAUGUUCAGUAAUACAUCAAAUAUGUCUUAUUUGUAAAAGUAAGCUAAACAGUGCUGCUAGAAUUCGUCCCCCCCCCCCCCCCCCCCCCCCGAAUGAUCUAUCACUUAUUCAACCGACUGGAUAUUCUAAACGAAUUACCAAGAUGCUUCAACAACGCCAAUGUUGUUGAAUAUAACUUGAGAGCUGCUAUUCGAAAUAAUACGUUCGAUGUCGGUCAACUUUGACUCUUUACCUCGUCAAGAAGAUAUAAGACAGCCAAUGUCUGCCUGCAGCAGUUCUUCCCCUCCACCCUUACCCAGACUGUGCCCCCUCUCUGUGGCUCCGAAUCCAGUCGCCCCACCGACUCCUUCGCCGUCUCCAAGCCCACCGGCGACACUCUACAGUCGACUGUCAAAUGGGAGUCUCAGCGCCCCGAGCCCCACCAACUCCGGGUGCUCUUUCCACGGGGUGUCUUUUCUUAUCCAGAUCGGACUCACCAGGGAAACGGUGAACCUGGAUGCCAACGAUCUGUCCGGGAUAUCUGCGGUGAAGGAGCUCGUAUGUUCAAUAGUGGACCAAAAGUUCCCAGAGUGUGGAUUCUUUGGCAUGUACGACAAGAUCCUUCUGUUCCGCCAUGAUCUAACUUCAGAGAACAUCCUGCAGCGACUGACGUCAGCGGAGGACAUCCAUGAGGGAGACCUGAUCGAGGUGGUCCUCUCCGCUCUAGCCACUGUCGAGGACUUCCAGAUACGGCCCCAUGCCUUGUAUGUGCACUCCUACAAGGCCCCGGCCUUCUGUGAUGACUGUGGGGAGAUGCUGUGGGGCCUGGUCCGACAGGGCCUCAAAUGUGAAGGAUGUGGGCUGAACUACCACAAGCGCUGCGCCUUUAAGAUCCCUAACAACUGUAGCGGGGUGAGAAAGAGACGGCUGUCCAACGUGUCCCUGCCUGGAGCCGUGCUGUCCGUCCCCCGCCCAGCCCCCAUCGAACAUGUCCCUGUUUCCCAGGAAGAGCAGCGCCCUCUACAGGGGGCAGGGAAGGGUAACAGCCUGUUGAGCGGCAGGCCUAUCUGGAUGGAGAAGAUGGUGCUGGGAAGGGUCAAGGUGCCUCACACCUUCUCAGUGCACACCUACACCAGACCAACCAUCUGCCAGUUCUGUAAACGCCUGCUGAAAGGCCUGUUCCGCCAGGGCAUGCAGUGCAAAGAUUGUAAAUUUAACUGCCAUAAGAGAUGUGCAGCCAAGAUACCAAGAGACUGCCUUGGUGAGGUUUCCUUUAAUGGAGAACCAGCCAGUCCUGGCCCCGACUCUGAGACUACCAUGGAGGUGGACAACAGUGAUGUGAACAGUGAGGGCAGCCAGAGCAUGGAAGACCCAGAGGAGCCCUCCACCCCAGACGACAAGUUCUACAUUGAAGGACCCUGUCUGGAUGGGGACAAGGACGAGGACACAGUGAAGGCUAUCAGCCCCAUGACAAGCAGUUUCAUCCCCCUAAUGCGGGUGGUUCAGUCCAUAAAACAAACCAAGCGGAAGAGCUCAACCAUGGUUCGGGAGGGAUGGAUGGUCCACUACACCAGCCGUGACAACCUGAGGAAGAGGCAUUACUGGAGGCUGGACAGCAAGUGUCUGACCCUGCUGCAGAAUGAAACGGGAACCAAGUAUUACAAGGAGAUCCCCCUGUCAGAGAUCCUGCAGGUGGAGCAGGCUCAGGACUUCCACAGCCUGGCCCAGGGCAGCAACCCCCACUGCUUCGAGAUCAUCACUGCCACUAUGGUCUACUAUGUGGGGGAGAAUAACAGUGGUCACUUCCAUAACCCUUCCCUGGCUGCCACGGGUGUGGGGCUGGAGGUGGCCCAGGGCUGGGAGAAGGCCAUCCGGCAGGCCCUGAUGCCCGUCACUCCGCAACCCAGUGUCGGUACUGGCCCCAGACAGGGCAAGGAUCACAAGGACAUUUCUAUCAGCAUAUCAGUGUCUAACUCACAGAUCACAGAGAAUGUGGAUAUCAGUUCAGUCUACCAGAUCUUUGCUGAUGAGGUCCUUGGAUCGGGCCAGUUUGGGAUUGUGUAUGGAGGUAAACACAGAAAGACUGGGAGAGACGUGGCCAUCAAAAUCAUCGACAAGAUGAGGUUCCCUACCAAGCAGGAGAGCCAGCUAAGGAACGAGGUGGCCAUUCUCCAGAACCUUCACCAUCCUGGCAUCGUCAACCUGGAGUGCAUGUUCGAGACCCCCGAGAGGGUCUUUGUUGUCAUGGAGAAGCUCCAUGGAGACAUGCUGGAGAUGAUCCUAUCCAGUGAGAAGAGCAAGCUCCCUGAGCGUCUCACCAAGUUCCUGGUCACACAGAUCCUAGUGGCUCUGAGGCAUCUCCAUUUUAAGAACAUUGUCCACUGUGACCUGAAGCCUGAGAAUGUGCUGCUGGCCUCCGCGGAGCCCUUCCCUCAGGUGAAGCUAUGUGACUUUGGCUUCGCUCGCAUCAUUGGCGAGAAGUCGUUCAGGCGCUCUGUGGUCGGCACACCCGCCUACCUGGCACCCGAGGUCCUACGCAGUAAAGGUUACAACCGUUCCCUGGACAUGUGGUCGGUAGGUGUGAUCGUUUACGUCAGCCUCAGUGGGACCUUCCCCUUCAAUGAGGACGAGGACAUCAACGACCAGAUCCAGAAUGCUGCCUUCAUGUACCCUUCCAACCCCUGGAAGGACAUCUCUGGAGAGGCCACAGACCUGAUCAACAACCUCCUCCAGGUGAAGAUGAGGAAGCGUUACAGUGUGGACAAGUCUCUCAGUCACCCCUGGCUCCAGGACUAUCAGACGUGGCUGGACCUGCGGGAGUUUGAGACACGCAGAGGGGAGCGCUACAUCACCCACGAGAGCGACGACGCCCGCUGGGAGGAGCACGCCGACGAGCGGAACCUGCAUUAUCCCAAGCACUUCAUCAUGGCGCCCAACCUGGACGACAUGGAAGAGGACCCCUAGUGGCUGGGAGGACUACCUGCAGGCUGCACGUUUCAGAAGGAGUUCACAGGGCAUCCUGGGACUCGGAGACCCAUAGCUGGUGCUUGGGUCCCUGGAACCUGCUACUGCUGGCUGAGACUGUAAGCUUAAACAGGGGGAGAUGCAUGUACCCUAUAUGUUUGUGCAUACAGGUGUCAUUGUGCAUUACCACAUGGAACAGACAGAAGGUGCUGCAUUGGACAGGCAGCUGUAUGGUGGUACAGUAGCAUGGGAACACAUUCGUGGUGUUGUGAGGAAAGGCGCGACGAUCGAGAUCGAGUAUCUUCAGGUUGUUUGGUUUUCAUCACAUUCCAGAGACCUUACGUAUGUGGAUUCUCUCUCCACUGACUGUGUUCUCUACAAGCCAUAAUAUACAGCCCUCAUAUUCAACUCUGGACCUAGAUGCCAUUUCCACUGCAUUUUUUUCAUUCUUCCCCUCUAAUCAAGGACUGAUUUAGACCUGGGACACCAGGUGGGUGCAAUUAAUUAUCAGGUAGAACAGAAAACCAUCAGGCUCCAGACCUCGUAGGGUUAGAGUUGAAUACCUCUGAUAUACAGUCUGUCUCUUGAGCCUGAAAGACGAACCCUAAGUGGUUGAUAAGUUGGGGAAUCCCUCAGCAACAGUAAUAAACAUUUGCACUGCCAUUCAACCCAGAAAAAUGGCUACAGUAAAAGAUGGUUUGGACCAAAUCCAAGAGACAUUUCAGCUUUUCAGCUUCUUUAGCAUAUUUUUCAAAUGUUGUUAGUUUAUCAUGUCUAUUUGAAAUCUCACAACUACAUUGAUUUGUUAAUUUACCAUGAAUGCUAUUUUUUGAAAACAUUUAUUUCCAAUGGUUUCAUGUAAGGCUGUUGAACUCGAAAACAUACAAAAUAAGCUGAUGUUUUGAAUAUAUAUUGAAUAUAUUUUGCUUAUUCGAUGGGAUGUUUUUGCACUAUUUGUUAACACCUGUAAUCUCUGGCUCCCUUAUUGGAUGCUUUGAAUGAAGUUGUGAACCAAUCAGCAGCUGCUACACACGGUCUUAACCCCCCCCCCCCUUAGAAAAAUGCCUGAGAAAAACCCCCAGCAAAAAUGAUACC